AUGAGUUUCCCACAGUUUCGGUUUGGACGCCGUCGCGAAAUGAGUCAAGUUGCGUGGAAGCCCGACGAUAAUGAUGAUGACCCCGAGGACAUCAAGAAGGGAAAGAAAAAGCCAGAUAAUUCAUUCGUUUCGGUCAGGAGGUACGCUCGCAUUCCCCUAAAAAUAAUAGCCGCUCUAGCCACUGUCUAUGUGUGUGUGCUCUCCUCGGAAAGGUAUUUCUACUACUGGGUACAGACCACCAUCGAGCGCACCGAUAUGCAUGUGUCGGAGAUUAAUUUUCCAGCCGUGACCAUUAUCCCCAUGAACUUUACUAGUUUGAAUCGAUCGGAACAGUCGAUGCGAUACGAAAGGGCCUUCAAUCUGGUGCAAUCCGUGAUUUGGCAGACUCCGGUGGCCGCUCGCUUGAGGGAGGAGAACUUUACAGAGUUUAGCGAUAUCGAUGACCUUAGCGUGACAUCGUGGGGCAUCUACGCCUCCUGGCAGCUACAUUGCCAGUCCUUCUUCACCGAGUGCCAGUGGCGAAGGAAGCCGGUGAACUGCUGUGAUAUCUUUCGCCCGGGAACGACAUUCAAUGGAUUUGCUUUUGUAUUUAACUCCGAAAUCCUCUUGGAUAGGGAUCCCACCUGGCCGUGGUCGGUGGCUGCUUCGGGAUCUCAGAGUGGUCUUAAUGUGAAGAUCAGGCGGAAGCAGAAACUGUAUACUGUAAAUACGUUGGGGGUCAUUAUCCAUGAACCCGAACAGUACCUGGGCAUGGGCAUUGACUACUCCUCGGAGGAUCGCAUUGUGGUGCCAGUGGAGCCUUUAAGUUUUUCAGCGGAAGAAGACGUCAGAGCCCGUCCCAUUUCCAUGAGGCGUUGUUACUUCGAGACUGAAAUCACUUCAGAGGUAUCCCGUUCGACAUGCAUUUACAAUUGUCAUUUGAACUACAUUCUGAACAAAUGCAACUGCACAAUUAAUUUUCCAGUGCAUGCCAAGUCGGGCCAGGAAAAUAUAACCGAAACUUCUGACCCAACACUAAGACUUUGUGGUGUGCCGGAUCUAUCUUGCUUUAAUAAGCAUAAAUUAACCCUCUUCUCUAUGAGCAACAUCAUCGAGGAGUCCCGGGACAACCAGUUUACCACCGUUGACUGCGGUUGCUUUCCCCAGUGCGAUCACACCCAGUACCACACCUCCACCUACACGGAGAAAAUGAGCACCCUCACCAGCCAUGCCUCGGAGAUCGAGAUAGAUGUGUACUUUCAAGAGGAGACCCUCUUCUCCUACCGCUCCAUGCUGCGCUUCACCCUCAUCGAUCUGAUGGUUUCCUAUGGAGGAAUAGCUGGCCUGAUCAUGGGCAUCUCGGUGCUGGGCGGAGUGAAUGCCUUCCUGGAUCGCUUUGCCUGCUGUCGUCUUCCUAAUGGCUCCUAGGCUCAGUCACAAACAGCUGCUUUCCCACAUUUUACCUGUGCCAACCUGUAAUCAAAUCACAAACCUCUUCUUCGUCUGGUUCUUGGGAUACAAACACAUA